AUGGCAGAUCUGGUGGAGGGGAGUCCGUCUCGAGGUCCUGCAGCAGCUGGAAUAAAUCGACAUGGACCCAUGUUGCGGCGGCGGCGACGCGGAGUAAAUCAUCUGUCGUGCCCCGCUGAAGUUGCAGUUGGACGGCGGUCUUCAUCGGGAGCAGCACGCCGCACGAGGAUGAGAAGGACAGCAAGAGGGGCUUGGGCGAGAGAUCGUCUUCGUAUAGCUGUUGCUGGUGUUGCAACGUUUAUGUGUGCCCGCUCAGCGAAAGUAGUGCUGCUGUCGGUGGUGCUGUCCCUCUCUCCGAAGUGGUGCCGGAUAGGCGGCGUGACUGCUGUCGCCCCAACUCCUGCACCUGCCGAGCAUCACGACAGCCUCUGGGAUACCAUCAGCGGGGAUCCCGACUUCUCCAAGCUGACGGCAUGCCUGGAGAUGGCUGACCCUUCCGUGAUGGACCUGCUGAAGGCAUCGCCUGGUUCUGCGGCGACAGCGCAGCCGCUGACACUCUUUGCGCCCACAGACCUGGCGUUCGAGCAGCCGGCCUGGAGGAAAUAUAGCGGCGGCGCCGGCAGCAACGGGGAGGCCGACCACAACGGCACUAUAUUUGACGACAGGUGCCGAGAUAAGCAGUUGGCGACCGCCCUGGUGAGCUACCACGUGUCCACGAUGGCCUCCGCUACCCCUUACAUCGGGGAGGAGUUCCCAAGCCUGCUCGGAGAGGACUUCUCCCCCCGCUACUACGGCAUUCCCAAGUCACCGGACGUGCCGGCGGAGCUCUUUCCCAUCCAGUUCGUCGAUUCCGCCAACGUUACGGCGACGCCCACCGUUGUCGGCGGGCCCACGGUCGCGGUCGGGAGCAGAGACGGACGAGGAGGAGGAGGAGGAGGAGGAUUAGGAGGAGCAGGAGGAGGGGAGCCGAGCUACUUGUUCCCGGUUGAUCGGGUCCUUCGACCUCCAGUCGGCACAAUAUGGGAAACCUUGUGUUCAGACCCGUCGUUCUCCCUGCUCGCCGCCGCCCUGAACUCUACGAGCCUGGCGGCCACUCUGGACGGGGACGGCGGUGGGGCGGGGGCUAUGGCGUACACCCUCUUCGCCCCCGAUGACGACGCCAUAAAAGCCUCCCCGGAGUUUCCGCAAGAUGACCCCGAAGCGUUGGAGGUGCUGCUGUCGUUCCACACGCUCGCGGCCGGGGUCUACCCGCUGUCCCUGAGCGGGGCCCACUUCUCGCAGCAGCUGUACAAGGUCGACCCCACCUCGGGAUCCCUGUCGCGCGACUACUACCGCGAGUUCUAUGCCGAUUCCUUCGAAGACGGGCAGGCGGGUAAAUUCACCUCGCUGGCGGGGCCGCUCCUGAACGUCUCGAGGACGUCCUCGUCUCAAUCUUCUUCUCCGUCUUGCCUAGCGUCGCAACAGCAGCAGCAAGAAGACCCUUUGCUACAACAAGCACCACCACCACCACCAAGGCUGCGACCGCCGGUUCACUCCGUGUUAUCAUUGCUGGUGGAAGGAAUUCCGGUGUCGGAGGCUGACAUCACGGCAACCAACGGGGUCGUCCACCGCCUUUCCGCCGCCGUCAUGGCCCCGCCCGACACCGUAGCGGGGGUGCUGCUGAACCCCCCCUUCCCGCUCUCCGCUGCCGGGGGAGGAGGCGGGAGCGGCGGCGCGGGGAGCGGGUUUGGGGCUUUGGGGGAGCUGGUGCGGUUGGCGUGGCCGCUCGUGAACACGACACUUACGGAGGAGGGGCCUCUGACUGUCCUUGCCCCUACGGACGCGGCUUUUGACAUCGUGAUCGCCGCCGGAUACCUUCCCCCCCGGCCUUGGUACGAGGUCAACUCAACAUCGUCGUCGUCGUCGCCAUCGCUUGGCCUUACCCCGGAGAGAGCCGCGCGGUUGCUCCUCUCGCACACCCUGCGCCCCGCCGAGGGCGAGGGGCCGCUGCUCUUCACCCCGACCGCCGGCGACCCCUUUGCCUCCGGGUUCAAGGACGGCGACCGCCUCCUCACUGCCGUCGUCGUCGGCGGCUCUGUUGCGUCUUCCACCGGUGAUGCUGACGACGACCGGAGUGAUGAGCACGGAGGCGGCCUUUCAAGCGAAGACGGGUUUGGCGGUGUUGAUGGUGUUGGCGGGCGUGGAGGAAGCUUGGGGGCUGCAGCGGCGGCGGGGGCGGAGGCGAAUGUGGAGGUAGGGGUGAGGGUGGUGGAGGUAGGGACUCGGUCGGCGGUGGCGGGGACGGCGGACGGCGUGGCGGACCGGGAGGUGUACGUCGACGGGGCAAGGGUAUUUCAGUGCGUCGAUGGCACCGGGGUAGGUCAUGACUGCGGCACGUCGCCGCGGCCCAGCAACACCUACGCCCUCAACGGCGCUCACCUCUGCGCCGUACACGCCGUCGACAGAGUGAUGUUCCCCGCGGACCCUUCGACGGACCUCGCGGCGAUCCUGGACGGCACGCCGUCCCUCUCGCGGUUCGCGGCGCUGCUGCGAGAGCACGGCCUCUUGGCCCCGACUUCUCCUUCUUUGCCCUCCUCCUCCUUCUCCUCCUCCUCCUCCUUCGUUUUCUCCGCCGCCGCUACUGGCGCUCGUCCGGCGACGUUGACGCGUGGCGAUUCGGAGGUGGUUGUCGGUGGGAGCCAGAAGCAGAAGGACAAGCGAGGAGGAGGAGGAGGAGGAGGAGGAGGAGGAGGAGGCCACCGCGUGCCGGAGGGAAGCAGAGCGCCGUUCUUGACGGUAUUCGCGCCGACGAACGCCGCGCUGGCACGCCUGGAGAGGGAGCGGCCUUGGUUGUUUCGGAACUCGACGGCGGCGACGGCGGUUGUAGGUGACGCAGGUGGUAAGGAAGCCGCCGGGGAGAGGGGUGUAGGGAACGCCGAUGAUUGGUCCCCGGUGCGAGAGCUGCUGGCGUAUCACCUUGUUCCUGGGGCAGCAUUGUUCUCGAGGUAUUUCAACGAAUCUUCGCCCCCGACACGGACUCUCGCCCUUGGCGGGAGCGCCCCUGUGGCCGCCACAUAUAUCACCGCCCCCGCCACUAGGGCUUACGGCACGCCUCCCUUUGGAGCGGCGACGGGAGGGGGGGGCGGGAAAGGCUGGGUGUCCGGAACGAGUACGAACGGCACCGGUGGUACCCUCCGCGUGAACCUCCAGACGUGCUCUUCGACGGAUAGGCCAGCAUCGGACGGAGUCCUGCACGUGCUCGCCUUUGAUGACCGCGACAACGCAAGGGAAACCUAUGACUUCUUGUACGGCGAAAGCGGCAGCAACGGCUCCCCGGGUAGCGCGGCCGGCGUCCUCGUCCCCGACGUCCUCGAGCUGACCUACGCGUACGGCUUUCGCGCCACGUACGAGGCCAUAGUUGCGACGGCCGCUGCUGAGGCUGACGGCCUCGCCGUCGACAACACGACGGCAGUGGCCGACGCGCUGCGGGGACGCGCGCCCCACACUCUGCUGGCGGUGGCCUCUGUCGAUGAAAUAAUGCGGUGGAACCCCCGAGAAACACACGCCUCCUCCCCGUCGUUCGGCCCCUCCUGGUGGGUCCGGGAUAGCGGGGCCAGCAUUUCGGCGGACACGCUGGGGUAUCAAACCCUGAUUGGCGACCAAACGUUUGGGGCCCCCAAGAGGAGCAGCAGCAGCAACGGCAGCAGACAUUCGAUGGCUCCAAUCGACUCGGUUGGGCUCGAAACGUUGUGGGGUGAGGACGUGCACCUUUUCAACAACUCGGAGAACCCUGGAAACCCGUUCUACUCGCCUGCGGCGGCGGCGACGAGCAUGUCGGGCCUGAACGUGAACCAGGCUGAGGUGCUCCGGCCCGAGGUAGGAAUGGCGGCCCUCAACGGAAGGAUCCACCAGAUUUCGGAGCCGCUGCGCGUCCCUGCCCCGGACGUGUUCUCGCUUCUCUCCUCGCACCCGCAGCUUACGGGGUGGGCAGACUGGAUCGAGCUGACGGGCCUGGCCGAACUCCUUUCAGACCGGACCGCGGGACCUUUCACGGUGUUCGCUCCGGUGGAUUCUGCGCUGGAGCAGGUGGCCGGGCUCAUGACCAUCGCCUCCCACACGGAGAGCUUGACGAAGCUGGUCCGCUUCCACGUGGCUCUUGGGACGGCGACAACGGCGGCGGCGAGUAGGCUGUUCACGCCGUCCCUUGCGAACGCCACCGCCGAGGAACGGUCCACGCUUUCCGGGGACCGGUUCGUGUCGGGUCCCCAGCUGUGGACGCUGCUCGACCACGAAGAUGGUGGUGAUCACGAAGGGAGCAGCGACCGUGCGCAGGCCAGAAUGCUUUCUGUCCAGAUUGCGGCUGCCGGUGCCGCCACCGACAACGACGGUGGUAGUGGCGCUUCGGCAGGAAGCAGCGACUGUGUGCGUGUUUUUGUGGGGCCUGACGGCGGAGGGCAACAACACAAGGGAGGUGGUGGCGGUGGUGGUGAUCUAUUUCUUGGAGCUUUCACUGCCGAGGUUGUGCUGCCGGACCUGAACGCUGUGAACGGGGUCGUGCACGGGAUCUCGGGGGUCAUGACCUAUCCUGGCUACGUACGCCCGAGGUCGCUGUACAAGAGAUGACCGCCACCAGCGGUCGGUUGGCGCAGGCUCGUUUUUUCUGUUUUUUGGGGUAGAUGGCACGUUUAAAUGUUUUUCGAGAGGCCCAGGCAUGAUUUGAUUUCAUGUUUCGUGUGUGUUUCACGAUAGGCCGUUGUUCGUCUCGUAGGGCGCUUUGAAUGGCGGGUGAAGGCAUGGCGGAAGGGGUUUUGUUCGAAGGGCAAUCAGAAGUUUUUGGCUGUUCGUGAAGGUGUGCAAUAUGCAGACGAGCGGUCGUAUUUUGGUGUGGCAGAUGUUUUUCCCCUAGUGCGCAUGAUUUGCUCUGCAGGCCGUUUUGUUGGUGUUACAUACCGAUCGGUAGCCGUUGGGCGAGCUGCACUUGGAUCAUGCUCGCCCAGUGAUGUUUCGGGGUGGCCGGCGGGAUCUCUUUCGACGGGAGACGUUUCGCGUUCGACACGCCUCCUUUUGUUUCUGGGAUCGUCCGGUACGACGCGGGUGAUCAGGGUAGAGAGUUACUGUGCGUGCAAGGGUGGUUGAGGGCGGUGAUGUAUGUAUGUAUGUAGUGUGUGUUUGGUUUUCUCCACGAAGUCGUAAAUAUCGUUGCCCACCAAAUGUUCGGGCGAAAGAAGUAGAAUGAGUGGCGGUUUGACAAGUUGGUGAGGACUAUCGUACAAAGCGAUUUUGCGCUGCCGGAGUGUCCCCAAAGUGCCGUCUGCGUCAUCUACGGAUGCGCGUGAAUGUGCCCCGAGCCACACGUCCGGAAAUAGUCUGCGCGACUUGCGACAAGAGGGAAAGUGAAGAACAACGAGGACGCGGUACU